CUUUCCCUUUGUUGAUUCUCUCCAAUGUUCCAGCUGAAAGAUCUGCUCCAUUAUUAUUACCCUAUUGAAAUUGAUCCCUACCGGACGGUGGAAGACAAACUGCCCUAUAUGGUAGAAUGGGUUUCUGCGCCGCCGACGCAGGCUUUCCCGGCAGCGAAUGGUGGCGAAGAAAGGCGGCACUUGCGGCGAGCCCUGGGAAAGCCUCCCUUGGCGGUAGUGAAGCCGCGCAGUGGGGGAGAAAGGCAGCGCUUGCGGCAAACUCUGGGAAAGCCUGUGGCGGUGGCACAGAAGCACUGGCCCGGCGGUCGCGGCAAUGGAGGUAAGGGGCUGCUUUUUGGUUUUUUAAACUUGGCGGUAGUGAAGCCGCGCAGUGGGGGAGAAAGGCAGCGCUUGCGGCAAACUCUGGGAAAGCCUGUGGCGGUGGCACAGAAGCACUGGCCCGGCAGCGGCGGCUGGAGCCCGGGAGGCCUCCUGGCAGCGGUGGUCGCGGCAAUGGAGCCUUCCUGGGCUUAUAGUCCCUUUGUAAACUUUAGAACCAGCCGUGCAUAUUCUCCCAUUUCAAUGUUUAUAUUUCUUCUUUUUCCUGCACUCAGAGACGGCUUCAACAUUUUCUUUGACCAGCUUCACCAGAACAAAGUUCCGCUCUUCAUCUUCUCCGCAGGUGUGGGUGACGUGUUAGAAGAGAUUAUCCACCUGGCUGGUGUUUUCCAUCCUAAUAUCCAAGUGGUCUCCAACUAUAUGGACUUUGAUGACACUGGAGUUCUGCGAGGUUUCAAAGCACCCCUCAUCCAUACCUACAACAAGAACAACACAGUCCUGAAGAACACAGAGUACUUCCAGCAGCUGUGCACAAGGACAAAUGUCUUACUCCUUGGAGACUCUAUGGGUGACCUCAGCAUGGCAGAUGGAGUAGCUGAUGUGGAGAAUUUUCUCCGGAUUGGCUUCCUCAAUGACAGGGUGGAAGAACAGCGGGGGAAAUACACGGAAUCCUAUGAUAUUGUGCUGGAGAAAGAUGAAACGUUGGAUGUGGUAAAUGGCAUCCUUAAAUUCGUCCUGGCCCCAAACGAAGUCACGCAGACCAAUUACUCUUGACAUCAGACUGCCCUUUGGAAAGAGGGGAUCUUCUUUGUCUGCACGCAUGUGUGGCUCUCAGUAUUCCACUUCCUCUUGCUAUGUUGCAGACACGAGGUUUCUUGUUAUUCUCAGAAUUACAAAAUUAAUACGUGGUCGUCACAUACAUCUCCCCCAUCAUUGUGGCCCUGAUUAAAACCAUAUCACAUCUGAAUGAUACUGCUGGCUAAAAUAGAGGAUUUCCAAGCCAUAAUCAGGAUUUCUACAGGCAAUCCAAUGCUUAAAUUUUCAAGGGGGGGGGGAGAAAAUAUUUGUAUUGCUUGUAAAACGCUUAACAUGAAAAAUUUUGUUCUUCAAACAUUAGUUUGAAUGUAAAACCAAUGUUCACUUUGAUUGUUAAAAAGAGUACUUUCUCUCGGCCUUCUGAUUCUUGAGAAUUUGAAAGCCAGCUUGAAUUUCAUCAGUGAGACACCAGAGGAAGAAAUGUUAGUGAAUACUGUUGUAUAAGCACAAAAAAUACAUGACAUUCUUGUCCUUUGUGGGGAGGCAGGAAGACCUCUUAAGAUGAGUUCCUCCCACUUCAGAUUUUUAACUGGAUUUCUUCUUCACCAUAUUAUCAUUUCACAAAGCAGUUUUAAAUUAUAAACAGUCCACAAUUUCCCCACAGAAGCCAACAAGGUUAAAUUGUUUUUCAUUCAAAAGGCACAUCUAAAGAUAAUUAAAGAAUUAUUUUGAACAUUU